AUGCCACCACAUCAGCAGAGAACCUCCUGGAAGGAGAGGCGUGAGCGCCGUCGGGCUACGUAUGAUCCGAAAAGAAAAUUCAAGGCUGAUAGAGAACGCUAUCGCCGGGGCAAACGCAGCUGUCUGACAAAACUUAAUAAUUUAUACUUGGAUGCGCUUGAGAACGAGAGGGAUUGCAAAAUUUACACUGUGAUUUUGAGCAAGCCAAAACGCCAACGCUCUAUACGGUACACAGUUUACAACUCCCACCCACAAGAAGAUUGGGUACCACAGGCGGAUGAAGUGGCAGAGCAUUGGCCAAAGGCGGAAAUAUGGAUACCUGACAACUUCAAGAAUGACAAGAAGCAGAUAGCUACCACCAUAACCCGGCGGCUGUACAACCUGUCAAAGCCACCAACACUAGAUCUCUCGACUACCCCAAUCCUUUGA